UUCGCCGCCGCCGCCUUCCGCCCGGCGCGCUCUGCUGGCGUGACGGUCGCCGCGUCUCAUCUUCUCGCGGCCCUUGCGGCGCCCGAGCCCGCAAUGUCGGGCCCCAACGGGGACCUGGGCAUGCCGGUGGAGGCGGGCGCGGAAGGCGAGGACGACAGCUUCGGGGAAGCAGAAUAUGCUGCCAUCAACUCCAUGUUGGACCAGAUCAACUCCUGUCUGGACCACCUGGAGGAGAAGAACGACCACCUCCAUGCCCGCCUCCAGGAGCUGCUUGAGUCCAACCAGCAGACGCGCCUCGAGUUCCAGCAGCAGCUCGGGGAGGCCCCCAGCGAUGCCAGCCCCUAGGCUCCAGGAGCCCCCAACCAGGCCCCAACCCUGCAUUCCUGAGCCAGGCUCUGGCCUGGGCACACACUACCUGACUUACAUAUCUUCUCAAGGGCUGGCCUGCAGGUCCCCUGGUGGGUCUUCCUGCCUGGGCCACCUUCAGGUACUCCCCUCGGCGUGUCUGGGCCAGCCCCCACCACCGGGCCUCCCCUCCGGGGUCCAGGUGUGGACCUGCGACCCACCCACCUUGCCUGCCUGCCCAAUUCCUGGGCACUCUCCAUUCUACCCAGGCCUUGAAUGUCCACAUUAAACGGGUCUCCAACAGCA